UUCAAAAUGAUUCGAGAAUUGUAUCUUGGAAUUCUUUUCUUUUCUUUCAUUUGACUUAUCCUGGAAUGAUUUAUUAUCAAAUGAAGAAGAAUCAUGUCCGAAGAAUGGGAUGAUAUUGUAUGCCUUCCGAUCAUCGAUAUUAGCAAUGUUCCAAAUAACAAUGAUGUACAUCAAUCAAUUGAACAGGAUUCAAUUGAUUUUAUAAAUUAUCAGCAAUUAAUUUCAUAUUUUUAUAGCAUCGAUUUGGAACCUCAAAAUCAAACAAUCAUUUAUUUUGGAAAGAAAUGUAAUUUUCUAAUGAAAAUUUUACGAUACAUAAUUUUCUGGAAAAAUUAUGAAUUAAAACCACAUCAUGUAGCUGAAGGCAAUAGAAUUAUUCGUAUUGCAGGUCAAUCGUUUGAUAAUCGUAAUAAAUUUCAUAUUAGAUGUUUGUAUACGAUUUUUGCAAAAUUAACGGGUAAUGUUAUUUCGGCACUUAAACGUUUUGGUCAACAUUGGGAAGAAAUUGGUUUUCAAGGUUCGGAUCCAUCAACGGAUUUUCGUGGUGUUGGUAUUCUUGGUCUAUUUCAAUUAACAUUCUUUGUUAUUACACCAAAAGUUUGCCAGUUGAGCAAAGAAAUUUAUAAUCUUUCACUGGAUCAAAUUCAACAUUAUCCAUUUGCAAUUACUAGUAUGAAUAUUACACAAAUUAUUUUACAAAUGUUACGUGAUGGUUCACUUAAUCAUUUUAUAAAUGAAUCCGAUUCAGUAUUGAAUAUUUUCAAUCAAUUUUAUUUUGGUACAUUUCUUUAUUUUCAUAAAAUAUGGAAAAAUGAUAAAAAAACCAUUAUGGAUAUUGGUUUUGUUUUGAAAGAUUUAAGACAUUAUGUUAGAAAUAAUUUGAAAAAAAUCCUAAACGAUUUAGUUGAUUAUCAAACAAUGGAUCCGGAUAAAACCAUAGAUCAACAGGAAAAUUUUACAAACAUAAUCAAUAUUAAUCAUUUGGAUGUUGAUAAUUAAAUCAAAUUAAUUUUUUUUGUGGGU